ACAGUAAUAUAUACAAAGAAGAAGGCAGCUAAUUUUAAUUCCCGAUUAACCGAGACUUCAAAAUUUUUUGUGAAACUGCAUUAGUGGAAAAGGAUACACAUUAAAGUGUUUCGCGCGCAAUACGAUGAUCUUUCUGUUUCCUUCGGGGUUUGUGAUAACAAGUAUUCAACAGUAACAACAGAGUAAAAAAUAUUGUCAGCAUGUAACACGAAUGCAAAAUAGAUUAUCAAAGUCAAAUAUUUUCCAUUAAAACGCACGUGAUUCGAAAGUUCAACGGCAUUGUCUAAAAAGGUCUGUCAUUCUUGUGAUUGGUUUUUGAAUCGAGCAAACAUUGCGCACGCGUGCGCACCAGAGAAAUAGAGGGUGAUUCAAAUAAUUUUUUUGUGCAACACAUUUUAUUAAACAAAAUGAAUGAUUGUAAGUGGAGUCCAAGAAAUAAUACCUUGAAAAGUAGAAGGAAUUCAAGCAAAGAGAAAGGGAAGACAAUGCAUAGACUUGUAAUAAAACCUCAUGAAACCGAAGAGGAAGCUAUAACUCGCAGAUUUCAUGAUGCGCAAAGAAUGGCAAGAUUUAGGGCUAGAAGAAAAAAGGCUUUGGAGGAGGCAAGAGCACUCGAGGCAUUAAAAUUUAAUGAGCUUUCACUGAUUACAGAACUGAAAAAAAGAAACAUGAUAUUUGAAACUAAUAAGUCUAUUGUCCAUGUAACAAAUAUUGAAAAUGUUCAAACAUUCUUGCCUACACAAAAAUCAUCCACUAUUGUACAUAUUACUUGUGGACAAAGUAGAUACUCUCAAUUAUUAGAAGUUAUCGAGGAACUGGGAAAAGAUAUUAAACUAUCGUAUGCUGGUAGUAAAACCUCAGCAGAAAGACUAAAAGCAGGCAUUACGCAAGCAAAAAUAUUAAUCAAAGAGUGCUUAUUGGAGACAGAAACAAGUUCGUGGCAGUAAUUUAUCUACAAAUCGGUAGAUUCCUUACGCAUCCCAUCUAAGAUACAAAUGAUACAACUCUUAAAACUACUGUAACAUAGAAAAAUAUAGAAAUUCUCCAGAAAUAUUAUUCUCUAAAUGAAUAAAGAACAGACAUCAUAUUCUAAAGCUUUGUUUGAAUAUAUCUUACAAGUUAGGUUAACAUCUGAAUAGAACAUGAGUGCAAACCAUAAAAACAGUAACAAUAAAAAAAGUUCAUUGACAUAAUAACAAUAAUGCUCCAUACAAAAACGAGUUAAAAUUUCAGGAUCGUUUAAAAAAUCGUCUACACAUCCGAAUGACAAUUUGAAUUUAAUAAACUAAUCGGUUUGCAAACAAUUUCUGUAUAUAUAAUAUUUUUCGAUUACCUUGAAGACACUAAUGGGUCCCGAACAUAUGAGUUCGAAAAAAUGUUGCAACUUGGAGGCAAAGCAUCAUGUAAAGUAAUAAUAAAUAUAAUAAAUUAUAAAUUAUUCUGAA